CUCUCUCUCUCUCUCUCUCUCUGCUGAAUUGAACAAUGGUGAGGCGAAGGCAAAGACUUGCGCGGAAGCGAUACAAGGAAGCUCACCCGGAGCAGUUUCCAAAACCAGAACCAACGCCGCCAAAGGAUCCCGACAAGAAGAAGAAGAAGAGCUUGUUCAAGAAAAAGAAACCUGGUCCCAUGAGAAAAGGCUCCUCCACGAGGCAUCCUCUCCGAGUUCCUGGUAUGAAACCUGGCGAAGGCUGUUAUAUCUGCAAGUCCAAAACCCAUAUUGCUAAGCUCUGUCCUGAAAAAUCUGAGUGGGAGAGAAAUAAGGGCAUAGUCUUAAGAACUGUCCGGACAAGAACGAUGAUAGUAGCUUCGAGAAGAAGUUGUGUUACAACUGUGGAGAUACUGCCCAUUCACUUUCUCAUUGUCCUCAACCUUUGGAAGAUGGAGGGACGAAGUUUGCAAGUUGUUUCAUAUGCAAAGAACACGGGCAUAUAAGCAAGAACUGUCCUCAAAACAAGCAUGGAGUCUACCCAAUGGGCGGUUGUUGCAUAGUGUGUGGGAGUGUGGCGCAUCUCGUCAAAGACUGCCCCGAUAAACUCAACAGAGAUUCAGCUCCAACAAAGAGCUCAAGAUUCGAUGCUACACCAAGAGGGAAACUCACCAAGUUCAGUGGGGAUGAUCUUGAGGACGAUUUCUAUGAAGAGCCUAAAAGUAGCAAGAAGAUCAAGACUUCUGAUGAUGUUAUUACACCUGAUAAUUUAGAUGAGAAGAGCAUCCUUAAAAAGAAACCAAAGAUUGUCAAUUUCUUUGGAUGAUCACAAAUCAGCUAAAAGGGCUGUCAGUUUUGUAGGAAAGAUCUAUUUUUUUUGUUCUCUAUCUGCCUGCCUCUUACAGUCAUGUAAUGAAAAAUUGAUUGCUAUUUAAAAGGUUCAGAACAA